UGAAUCUUAACGUUAUUGCUUCCGAAUCUCUCUGCCUUUCAUAUAAUCAAUAAUUCAUCGGGCUUUCUUGCAAGUAUUGACCUACUCUCUCGUCAUCAUCUUCCAACCCUUUUUGGUUGCUUUAGCCUUUCUCGAUUUGGCUUUAUUGACUAUUAAAUUCAUUGGGAGUGGGAUGUGCCAUGUAACCGUCCAAUGGGACUCCUUUCUCUAAUUCCCAAGUUUAAAAAUUUUCAAAUCUCACCAAGCAGAGAGAGAGAGAGAGAGAGAGACGGUGAUCCCUCACUCACAUGAAUGAGCCUUUAUUAUCCUGUGAUUAAUUUUUUUUUUUCUGGGUAUCCCCGCAAGAAAGAUUUGAAGGGGGAAUAAAGCUGGUGAGGAAAAAGAUCCAGGUGGUGGUACUCUUGAAGCUUUCAGGUGGUAGGAAAGAUGAGACCCAAUUGGGAGCUCAGGAACUGUUGCCACCACGAGCAAGUCGUGUUCUUGAUCACCAUCUCUGUUUGCACUGUCGUUAUACUUGCGCUAUGGAGGACUGUAUUGCUGAAGCCAUUUAAACUCGUGACAGUAUUUCUUCACGAGGCAAGCCAUGCCAUUGCUUGUAAACUAACAUGUGGCCAUGUGGAGGGAAUUCAGGUUCAUGUUGAUGAAGGAGGAAGUACUCAAACCCGUGGUGGAAUAUACUGGUUCAUCCUGCCAGCUGGAUAUCUCGGCUCAUCAUUCUGGGGAAUGCUCUUUAUUCUUGCUUCGACAAAUCUUCUUACAGCUAGGAUUGCAGCAGGUUGUUUGCUCGUCGCUCUUGUUAUUGUGCUAUUUGUGGCUAAAAAUUGGACACUUCGAGGGCUUUGUAUAGGAUUUAUUGUAUUCCUUGGCGUGGUUUGGCUUCUCCAAGAAACAACAAAAGUUCGAGGUCUUCGCUACGUCAUUAUGUUCAUUGGUGUAAUGAACAGCUUGUUUUCUGUUUAUGAUAUAUAUGAUGAUUUGAUAUCUCGUAGAGUCCACACCAGUGAUGCAGAAAAAUUUGCGGAAGUGUGUCCUUGUUGCAAUGGUGCUGGAUGGGGUGUGAUCUGGGGUUUGAUAUCAUUGCUGUUUCUAUCUGCGGCCAUGUACCUUGGUCUAGUUAUCUUGUCCUGAGGUACUGCAUUCUGGUCCAGAUUCUGAAGUUGCUAUGAAGCCCUGACACCACUUGACUCCACAUGCCGAUUUCUUGUUCCGACAUUACAUUGAAUUAGGCAUAUACAAAUUACCCGACUUCUGCGGCAGGCAUCCUCUCAUAUGUAGUCCUCAGUUAUAGGGUCUACAGGACAAUACAGUGCUGAUUGUUUGAUCAUACAGGGAACUUUUACUACAAAAGCUGGGCAAAUAUAACAUAGUGAUCUCAACAUUUCCAAUUGCCUGUUGAUAUUUUGCACCCCUUGCUGCACUCUAAGCCUAGCGAAUUAAACAACAUUCCAAAUUCUAAUCCAUAGCAGAACUACAUUCCGCUC